AUGGGCCCGAACGACCACUUGGCGGUCGAGGGGGAUCGCAAUUCCUUCGUGAAUGCCCUUUCAUCCUCGCUUCGGUCUAGAGCCCCUAUAGCGGAAGUAGAGGAAGCGAUUGCUAGGGAUGUUGCCGAUUGCUCAAGCGAGGAUGAGCGCGCCAUUGACUCGGGUUCCGAGGACUCCGGAGAGGUGUCUGGCCCUCCCAUGUAUCGGCGGCCAAGUGGGGUUGCCUAUGGACCAGUUCGGCCUGCUUUCAACGACUCAUCAGUCGACGCCCCUGUCUUGACCCGGUCCGAAAGGGAGCAGGCUAGGAAUGCCGAACGUGCCCUCCUGCAGGACAAUCACCUCUUGCCCUCGACUGCUGGCCAUGCCAAGCCUAAAUCUUGGUGGCGCGUACUAGCCGGUUCUCCGAGUGAGAGAAAGCAGGAGGGGAGGGAUGGUGCAGCCCACGGGGCCCAAGACGGGCACAGCGGGCCUCGGGAGACGUCGCCUCUCCUUCCCGGCAGCCGUGAGGUUCUUUACGACGACGACGAACUAGAACAGCAGUGGAACGAGGCCGUGUCGGCUGGCCGCAUCCAAACCACCUGGACACGGGAAGCUUUGACACUUGGGAGCUAUGCUCCGCCUCUGCUCGUUGCCUCUCUCUUCCAGUACUCCAUCAACGUCGUCUGCAUCUUUGCUGUGGGAAGAAUAGGCAAGGUCGAGCUGGGGGCCGUGAGCCUUGCCAGCAUGACCUCUGUCAUCACCGGGUAUGCUCCGUUCCUCGGCAUGGCCACCAGUCUAGACACCCUGUGCGCUCAAGCUUAUGGCUCCGGGCACAAGCAUCUCGUGGGCCUACAAUUUCAGCGAAUGACGUGUCUCUUGAUGCUAUGUUACAUUCCCGUCGCUUUUGUAUGGUGGCACGGCGAGUGGCUUCUCUCCAAGGUCGUUCCGGAAGCGAGAUCCGCCGAGCUAGCCGGACAAUACCUACGGGUGUUGAUUAUCGGCGGCCCGUUCAUCGGCAUCUUCGAGGCGGGCAAGCGGUUUGUCCAGGCGCAGGGCCUCUUCCGUGCCGUUACGUGGGUGCUUGUCAUCGCAGCGCCCAUCAACGCAUUCUUGACUUGGUUUUUGGUGUGGAAGAUGGAAUUCGGCUUCAUCGGCGCGCCAAUGUCGGUUGUCAUCACAGAGAUUCUCAUGCCCUUGUUCCUUUUCCUCUACCGUGCCUUGACAAACUGGGGCCCCAUGGUCCGGCUUGCCAUACCGGGAAUGAUCAUGAUUGAGGCCGAGUAUCUUGCAUUUGAAAUUCUCGUCUUGGCUUCGAGUCAGUUUGGGUCAUCUUCUCUCGCUGCUCAGAGUAUCCUCAGCACCCUCAUUUCCAUUAGCUAUCAACUGCCGUUUUCCUUCUCAAUCGCGGCGUCCACCCGCAUCGCCAAUCUCGUCGGUGCCGGUCUCGUUGAUGCCGCAAAAGUUAGCGCUCGAGUGACUGCCUGCAUCGGUUUCAUCCUUGGCUUCUUCAACUUUGUUAUCUUGAUGGCCUUCAGCGGGCCAAUUGUGGGCUUCUUUACGAAAGAUUCAGACGUUCAAGAAAUUGCCGUCGCUACUAUACCCAUCGUUGCUGUGAUGCAGAUCUGUGAUGGCGUGUCCAUCAACGCCCACGGUAUUCUCAGGGGUAUCGGGCAGCAGCACAUUGGCGGCUACGCGAAUCUAGGAGGCCAUUACCUCUUAGCCAUGCCUUUGUCGUUUGGCACGGCUUUUGGACUCGACUGGCAGCUCAAGGGCUUAUGGUUUGGGAUCCUGUCCGGCAUUCUAUUGUAA